CCCCCCCCCAAAGGUCGCGCGGGUGUCACUCCCCCGGUACCCCCCUCGAACAUCGAUUGGUUCUUCGCGUUCUACGAGUUUAUACCGCGUCACAGUCAUAAACCAUGGCAGAUGAUCCCACAGAUCAGUCGUCCUCGGCGGAGGAUGCAGAGCCGGUGGAAUCGCUCAUCAAGGGCCGCUCGAGGCGCAGCACGGCCGGUCGUCACAUGUCCGCCCUUCUCAACGCCGAAGCAGACGACGACCUGGCCCUUCUGUUCGAAGAAGUGGAUGAUGAUCAGGAGUUUGACGAGAUAGAGAUGGGAGGCGGCGAGGAGGACGAUAUGGCCCUUGAUUCCUCUUCCGACGACGACGAUCAAGGACCGAACGCCCGGCCGGGCGACGAUGAGGGCGAGCGGCAAAUUGAAAAGGAGGAGAAGGCCGAAAAGAAGAAACGACGCGCCCAGGAGGACCUCCGUUUUAAGAUCGCCCGGAAAAAGGUCAAGAUCGAUCCCACCGCCGUACCCACAGCAGCGCCGCCCCCCAGGCCCAAGAAGAAGUCGGAACGAAUCUCGUGGAUCCCGACGCCUGAUGAAGGGCCUACCCGAUCGUCCUCCCGCCGGCAGACAAUGUACAAUAAGGAAAUGACGCACGCGCGGCUCAAGGACAGCGAGGAGAAGCGGGUUCGACUGAUCGCCACCAUGGAGGAAGCCGCCAAGCGGAAGGCCCAUCUCAAGCCCAAGGAGAUGACCCAAGCUGAGCGUCUCGCAGAGGCGGAACGCGUCGAAAGAGUUAACAGCAAGAGUCUCAACCUAUGGGAGGAGAUGGAGAAGCGAAAAGCGGAGGAGAGAAAGGCCAAAAUCGAAGCGCUUCAGAAUCGGCGCCUGCAAGGUCCAGUCAUGUCCUAUUGGAGUGGCCUUGCUACGUGGUCUGAUGGUCGCUUGACGCGUCUGGGCAAAGUCGACAUUACGCCGAAGCCGGAAAAGGAAGAACCUGCGCGGAAGAAGAGCAAGAAAUCGGAAAAGGAGGACAAGAGUGUGCCAGGGCAACCGGGUGUUGAGGGAACUGGGCCAGGCCCGUCGCAGACUGCCCCUUCGGCUUCUGAGAAUCCUACUGCCUCAACGCCGGCCGAGGGAGACUCGACGAAGCAGAACCAAGACGCUUCUCAGGACCAACAGCCAAGUCAGGUGCAGGAUGCUCCAAAAGAAUCGAGGGGUUCAGCAGGGGCAAACGUCGAUCCCACUGUUGACGGCUCUGCAGGAUCUGAAAAGCUUGCAGAGGUUGGUACCACUAUGGAAUCUACACAGGCUUCUAACAGCACCCCCAAUGAUGCAUCCAACGGAGAUGUGCAAAAUUCCAAGUCGCCAAAACCCGAGGAUGCUGUCAUGACGGAAGCCCCGCAGCCUGAGGUUGUCCCUACCGAUGCGUCGAAAACGGACGGUGUCCAAGAGGCAAACUCACCCAAGCCCUCGGAUGCCCCUGCAGAACCUGCCCGCGAAUCAACGCCGAAACCCAAGGAUGUUCCAACGGAACCAGCCCAACCUGCCGGGUCAGAUGCUGCUGCUCCAAAGGAAGGUUUAACUCAGGAUUUAGAUUCACACAAGUCCGAGAAAGAGGGAGAUAGCACUACAGACAGAAUGGACAUUGAUGAAGAGCAUAAGAAUGAACCCGCGGUCACUGUCGACAACACGAAGCCGGAGACACAGGAAACGACAAAAGAACCCGCGUCGGAGAAAGAGCCUGUUGUGAACGCAGAAUCGCAGCCGAAACCUGUUCCUGAGGGAGACAAAACUGACGACGCGACCAAAGAUGCAGUUUCUACACCUGCAGCAGCAGCUUCUGCAACCCCUACUACUGAAACCCCUGCUCCUACAGCUCCCGCUGCACCUCCCAACGCAGCACCUCCUACAGAGCCUGAAAAGCUUUCUCCUGGAGCUGCCCCAGACGGCACUCCAGCGCAGUCCGUCCCUCCAGGAACCACGCCAGCACCAACUGAAGACGACAAAUCUCCCGGAACAGUAACAGAUCCACUCACUGCGGCAGCCGAAGAGGCACCACCACAACCCCAAAUCCCCGCUCCCCCCGCAGUCGUCGAACAAGCCGGCCGAUGCCUAACCGUGCUGGAAGACUUCGACGAGAAAACCGCUCAGAGCCGCGAAUUCAGCAUCUAUUUCAACGCGAAGAAACCUCCCCGGCUUACAAAAAUCUCAUCCUCUCUCUGUGUCAUAACAUCACUCCCCUCGCGCUACCGACACAAGGAGACCUCCCUCCCAUUCUCCAACUCCUACGCCUAUCGCGAGAUCCACAACACCGUCGACCAAAAGUACCAGUGGAGUCCUAUGCUCGGAUGCUACGUAGGCCCUGUCGGGGUGGCUGCAAAGGGAGUUCCCGCGCGGUUCCUAGGUGGUCCCAAGGAAGAGCCCAAGGAGGGCGAGACGGAGACGGGAGAGGGCGAGUCUGCGGGAAAGGAGUCUACAGGGAAGGAGUCUACAGGGAAGGAGUCUGCAGGAAAGGACAAGGAGGGUGACACGAAGAGCGCCGGCGGUGCACCUGCGUCGACACCCGUGGUCACUGCUGCUGCCGGGUCAUCUGAUGGUGAUCCAAUGGUGGUGGAUAAAUAGGACAAGCCUGUGCAGGGCUAUUGAAGUCCACCGUGUCGAGUUG